AUCAGCAGAGGAUUGAAAAAAAUGCAAGGGACUAUAAUUGAGAUGUUCCAUUGAUGUUAGACGAUAUACUCUCUUGCUCCCCAAAUCAGCACGAUGAUCGUUUUUUUGUUAUUGCGGCUACCCCACUUCACUAACGAGGUCAUAAACAAGGGUGAACCCACGAAGAAGGUAGCCAUGCUUUGUUGGUGAAGGGAUCUGUGGAACGAUUCGUUGAUGACAAUAUUUUGUUAUUCGUCACUGCCUUUUGGCACUAUACCUCCCAAAUUCCUCUUUUCGGGUGUUCCAAAACUAUGUUACUGUUGUUAGUUUAGAUUUAAAUUUUAAAAAUAAAAGGGACAGGGGUAGUUAUUUCUGGAGGUUAAAGGUAGUUAUUUCUAGAAGUUGUAUUAGUUAGUAAUAGAUGUGUUGAUUAGUACCAAAAGUUGUGUUGGUUGAUGUCUAUAAAUAAUCCAGGAACAUAGAAUUCCUGAAUGUAGUUCACAAUAAAAAAUCAGAUCUGGAGUAUAUAAACAGAGUAUUUUAUAAACAGAUCUGCAUUUGUUUUGUUCUUCCAAUUAUUUUCCUACAACUGUGUGCUCAUUCAAACUUUCGAUGUUUCAUGGUCUGAACAUAGAAGAGCUCAUUGAAGCGUUGAUGCAAGAAUCUGGUCAGAUAAAUAUGAAGAGGAAGUGCACCCGAGAUAGAUAUUGUGCCCUUGAACAAGCUUUUCAGUAACAGAUCUGAAGAAGCAAAUAUGAUGGUGUAUAGUGGAAAAAGCGACUGCGCAUGGUAGAAAAUUGAAGAUGUUGGUGUUGGAGGAAGAAAUUUGAGGCGGAGGUUUUGGAGUGCAGAAAUAAGGUUUGGUUGGAUUAUAUUGAUUAGCAAGCUUUUUCCUUUUGUUCUUCACUUUCGUUUCCGGUCAAUGUCUUCUUCCGACAGUCAAGACAUUUCCGCCUCAGAUGCCCACGCAUCUGAGGAAUCCUCGUCCUCUUCUUCGUCUACCGGGUCGUCUUCCCCCGUUCCUAGACCCUGGUCGGUUCCCAACCCAAAUAUUCCCGAACCGCGGCCUGUAAACCAGAUGCCCGGUCAGAUUUUUCAGGAGAGGGAUGCACCGGUCGAGGACGAACCGGUCCCCUAUGACCCUGAAAACGUGUCGUAUGAGGAAUGGGUGGACCGGCUGGAAGCAGCCGGUUAUUCUCCCCUUCCUAGCAGCUACCCUUCAGAUAUCUACCCCCAUGUUUCCAAGAUCGCCCAAAAUAAGGCCCGUAGGAACCUCCCGGAGGGGUAUGUCCUUGAAUACGACCCUAACUGGCCCAACAUCAUCGAGCCUCACCGGGAUGAUAGGGUAGGGUUCCAUAUCGUCUCCCUGGAGAGUGGCACUGUUUUCCCCCUUCGCCCCCUUCUGGUCGAGUUGUGCCACUGUUUCAAGAUCCUCCCCGGGCAAAUUGCGCCCAAUGCCCACCGUUUCCUUAAUGCCUUCGUGAAUAUUUGUAUAGAGCUUAAGAUUGACCCUUCCCUCCGCUUGUUUCUCUACUUGUUUGAAGUCCUUCCCUGUAAGUCGGGUUGUGACGGUUACGUCUAUUUCAAAGGCCGCAAUGGUCGUCAAUUUAUUUCUGACCUUCCACAAAGCAACCGGCAGUGGAAGGAGAAAUUUGUUUUUAUAAAAUUCCCCACCGCUUCUCCCUUGGCCGGCAUCAAGUGGAAUGACCACAUUCUCAAGUCCCAAUACACCGAGCCGGCUAGCGCUCCAGACUUGGAAGAAAGUUUGGAGAAACUUCUACAGGGGGACCCAUUCACCGGGCAAAUGUUCCACUACGGGGCUUGGAUUUGGAGGAUCCAACCGGGUGGUAAGGGUACCCCUUGGGCCCACGAGGCAGCGGGACACGGGGUACCCUCCCCGGGCAACACUGCCGAGGCCGGGGGCCCAAGCCACCCAGGUAUUUCUCAUUCUUUCUCGUUCAUUCUCACCGGUCAGAGUUCGAAUACUCACAAGUUUUUGCCUGUUUCUGUAGACAUGAAUUUCAGGGCCUACAACAUGCCGAAGACUACCGGUGGAUCUUCUUCAGCUGCCCCCAAGACUGGACCGGGCCAACCAGAAACCGUCGAGAUCCAUGACGAGGAGGAAACUCCCCAGACCGGGGGAUUUGACCAUUCAGGGAAGGCACCGGCGAACCCUUCCCCCAGCAAGGGGAAGGGAAAGAAGAGGGUGAAGCAUGCUGCCACCACCCACCCGUCCUCCAAGAAGAGAAGAGAGGAGCCCUCCCCGGUCAGGGAAUCCAUGGAAGAGUUGUGGGUCAAGAUGACCCUCAAACUGAAAGAGAUGGGCGAAGUCGGCCCGGAAACUUUGGAGAAGAUUGCCGAGGGGGCCAAAGCAGAGACCCUCCAGCUGAAGGAAGAAAAUUUGAAGCUGAUGGAGGACCUGGAGCUGAAGGAGCGAGAGUUCCCCGGCAGAGCUAAGCAGUGGGUGGGGGAGAACCUGGAGGAGACUGCCCGGGUGAUUACAUACACUCCGGAGGUGACGAUAGAGGCCUUCAAGUUGCUCUACCGGGAGGAACAAGGGAAGGAGAUGAUCACCCAGAUCGGCUCGUAUGGUUUCAUGUCCGGGCAGAAGAGAGACCGGGAGGCCACGCAUGCAGUCUUGGCGGAACGCGACCCGGCCUUCUCCGCUGAAGCAUAUGGUCUGGCCCCCAUUCCCGAUGAAGAGCCUGAGCCCCCCUCCCCCCUGGAGUAAACUCCCCGGCUGCGCCCGGUCAGAUUUUGUAAACUUGAAAACUAGAAUUUCCCCGGGGAUGCCCGGUGUACUUGUAAACAAUUAACUUUCAUGUUAUGUUUGAAUGCAAUGUCUAAUUUCCGCACCGGUUAACCUUCCAUAUCUGCUUGCUCCAUGAUUGUUACUCUUUAUUGCUUCUAAGAGUGUCAUCAUAAAAAUUCUGACCGGUA